GGGCAGGAUUGCCGGCACAAACGAGUCGCGUGGGUGCCGGGCUGGCGUGGCGCCCCGGGGCGGCUCACGCGUCCGUGCACCGGCUGGGCGGGCCCUGCUGCCUCCCGCCCCGCCUCCCUCCCAUCCAUACAGCCCUCCGUCUCUCCCCCACCCUCCCCGCCGUCGGAGCGGCCCCUUUAAGCGCGGCGGUGACGUCAGGGGCGGGCACAGCUGGCGCUGGCGCGCGGCCCGCGGGCACAGCUGGCGGGGGCAGCUGCCGGUGCGGCAUGGGUCCGCCCGGCGCGCUGCGGGAGCUGACGCUGGCCCUGGGGGCCGCCGUGGCCGCCCUCGGCUCCCUCCUCUUCAUCGCCGUGAAGAUCUACUUCCGCGGCACCGGCACCGGCACCGGCACCGGCACCGGCACCGGCACCGGCACCGGCUGGGGCGGAUGGUGGGAGCGGGAGCUGCGGGAGCUGCGGGACCGAGCGCCCCCCGGCGACGCGCUGGACUGGCGGCAGGUCCUGGUGCUGGGGCUGGAUGGGGCCGGGAAGAGCAGCGUCCUGCACUACAUCUGCAGCCAGAAGGCCAGGGACCGCAUCGCACCCACCCACGGCUUCAACUCUGCCCAGCUCUUUGUCGAGGGGAUGGAGAUGGACCUGCUGGAGGUGGGUGGCAGCCAGAACCUGCGAUCCUACUGGCCCCACUACCUGAGCGAGGCCCAUGUGCUGGUGUUCGUGGUGGACUCGGUGGACAGGUCGCGCCUGCUGACGGCGCGCCAGGAGCUGCACGCACUGCUGGCUGCCGAGCCCCGGCUGCCACUGGUUGUGCUGGCCAACAAGCAGGACAAGAGCGAUGCCCUGAGCACGGCAGAGCUACAGGAGGAGCUGGCCCUGCACACCCUCAGCGGGCAGCGGGAGCUCUUCCUCCUGCCCACCAGCGCGACCUGGGACAGCCUGAGCACCGCCACCAGCGUCCUCCACGUGAAGAGCCUGCUGGUCACCCUGCUGUCCCAGCCCUGAGCCCACGGCAGGGGCAGACAGGCUCCCACCCCGGUCACGGCUCCUCUUCGGGCUCUGUGGAGGCGGCUGGGUGGGUGCCGCCGGAGCUCAGACUCGCUGGUAGCAAGUUGCCAGUCCUGGGGCGUUCACUGCACCCCACCAGGUUUGGGGUUGAGCUGCCGCACGGCUGCCCUCGGGGAACACGAGCAGCAGGCUCUGCUCUCUGCUGCGGGGAGAGGGCAGCCGCCUCCCCCAGUUCAGGGAUGAAAUCUCCCUUGGGCUGGAGGCACAAGCACGGCUCUUACCUCCUGGUGAGCGGGUGAGCGGGAACGUGCAGCACAGGGCAGGGCCCUGCACCUUCAUGGAAGCCCUGCGGGAUAUUUAAAUGAACGGGGCCGGACAAGCGAGGUAGCCCUCUUGCCCACUGGCAUCCCAGGAGAUGGGCUCUCCUUCCCAAAAAACACGCGGAGUUACUGCUGGCGAGCCCUGCCAGUAUGGUGCACACCAGUGGGAUUAACCCAGGCUGUCCCUCACCGGGGCUGAGCACAGCUCUCAACUCCCCCAACUGUAUUUAAAGCCCUGUCUAGGAGAUGAAGGCAGGUUUUGGGCAGCCCUGCACUUCCCCAUCACCCUCAACAGGGCUAAAGACGGGCUGUUUGAUAGGAGCUGCACUCAGCAGGCGUUUGCCCCCUGCCUGGUCUCCCUCCCUCUCAGCUGCCCCGGGGAGAAGGGGAAGGAGCCAGGCUCGGGGCCGCAGGAAGCCCUGCCUGCAGGCGGGAGAAUGCUGGGUCCGGCCACGGGAUACCAGCUCCUGGAAAACCCAUUGGGGAAGCUGGGGAGCGCAUCAGGGAAAAGGGAGCACAGGCCGGCCGGUCCCUGCUGCAAAACCUUUUGUACAGUCGCUGCUUCCUUUUAUCAAUAAAAGAGACUGCUCACUCUG